CAGUAAACGAAAAUUUUUCACUAAGCUUGUAUCACUCCCUAUACUUGCUUAGCUUAUUUUUCACACUUAUAUAUUUUGUAUUUUUUUGGUCGUCGUCGUCGGCGGCAGCGGCGGCGGCAUCAUCAUCAUCGGCGUGGUCUUUGAGACUAUAAUACAAUCAGGCGGAUCACGGUGACGAGUGACGAGAGCUGCCAUAGCGACAGCGACAACGACAACGUCAGGGCGAAACGUGGCCACAUAAACCAGCACAAUGUGGUUGCUUAAUGGAUCUAUUCUCUUGAUUUUCAUGAGCUGGGUUAUAUGCCUUGGUUUGAGUCUAAUGCAAAAACCCUUGAUGGAACUCCUCGAAAAACUAUUCAUUUAUAGUUCGAAGCAAUUACAAGAGACACUACGCAAACGAGCACUCGAAGAACGUGCUGGAGAUUUCGGACCUACUAAGCAGGAGCAGCAGCAGCGGCAACACUAUAGCCAACUAAAAAAGAAAAAGACGACAUCGAAAACAAAGAGGACAAAUAACCCUAAAUGGCCACCCAUCAAGAAUCGAUUGAAUCUACGCAUGGAACAAUGUUGCGAUGUCAUUGCUGGUGGUCUGCGUUUAGUGCUCGACGAUGAAGUGACCUCCAGAUUUGCGGCCGCACAACCGCCAGCCGGUGAAUGGAAUCUGCUAACACGUAAUCUACGCGAAAAGAAGCGUCGAUUGAAUUUACGUUUACGUCUAAUUUGGCUAGCUGCCUGGCUUUUACGUUAUGUCCUACUAUUGCCCGUUAGAGCUAUAGGUUGCUCAACCUGUGUGGUCGUUAUAGCAAUUGCCACCGCCCUUUUGGGCCUAUUGCCCGAUUGGCCCUUUAAGCGUCCUGUUGUUGAGUAUGUAUUGCGUCAAUGCUUCCGUUUGACUGCCUCCUGUAUACCGGUAAUGAUGCGUUUCCAUAAUCUUGAAAAUCGCCCCACUUUGGGCAUUAGUGUGUGUAAUCAUACAAGUCCAUUGGAUGUUCUAGUUCUGAUGUGUGAUGUCCACUAUUCGCUAACAGGGCAACGACAUGAUGGAAUUUUAGGUAUAUUGCAACGUUCUUUGGUUCGUGCAUCGCCGCACAUGUGGUUCGAGCGUCGAGCUUUGGGUGAACGUGAAGCCCUGGCCUUGCUUUUGCGUCUCCAUGUUGGGGCCAACGAUCGUCCACCCAUCUUGAUAUUUCCCGAGGGCACUUGCAUUAACAAUACAGCAGUUAUGCAGUUCAAGAAAGGUAGCUUUACCGUCAGUAAUGUUGUCUAUCCCGUCGCCGUGCGCUAUGAUCGUCGCUUUGGCGAGGCCUACUGGGACAGCACCAGAUACUCGAUGCUUCGCUAUAUGCUAAUGGUCAUUAGCUCUUGGUGCAUCACCUGUGACAUUUGGUAUUUGCCACCAGUGUUCAAGCUACCCGAUGAGACCUCAAUUGAUUUCUCGAAUCGCGUUAAGGCAGCCAUUGCCGCCCAAGCGGGCAUCGAUGAUCUACCCUGGGAUGGCAAUCUAAAGCGCUGGAGUCCUGUCAGGGAUUGGCAAUAGACUAGAGCGACUAAAGCUACACUAGAGAUACAAUCUCAAUCAUAAUAGAAGUUAAAAAUAAAUGAAUGGUUAUUAA